CCUAGACCCUUUAUCUUCCUCCCUCCAUCUCUGCGGCCACUGCACUGCACACCCCCGCCCGUCGAGUCUCUCUAUUGGAAGGAACCACCAUCAAAAAUGGGUCGCGUCCGUACCAAGACCGUGAAGAAAUCCUCUCGUCAAGUGAUAGAGCGCUAUUACUCUCGCAUGACACUCGACUUCCACACCAACAAGAAGAUUCUUGAAGAGGUUGCUAUCAUCCCUUCAAAGCGCCUCCGCAAUAAGAUUGCUGGGUUCUCUACCCAUCUCAUGAAGCGGAUCCAGAAGGGUCCUGUUCGCGGGAUCUCGCUCAAGCUUCAGGAGGAAGAGCGCGAGCGCCGCAUGGACUUUGUUCCUGAGGUCUCCGCCAUCAAGACUGACCAGAUUGAGGUCGAUAAGGAAACUAUUGAUAUGCUUUCUGCCCUGGGUAUGGGCGAUAUUCCUGGGAUUGUUCAGGUCGACCCGGUUGCUGUGCCCGUGACCCAGUUCGGAUUUGGUAGAGGGGGCGGUGCUGGUAGACCAGGGGGAAGGUUUUAAAUUUUAGAAGUCUUACUUCUGUUUCAUCUUAUACUGUUUUGUUCAGCUAUGGAUAUUUUGAUUUUAGUUGUUUAAUUUGGAAACUUUUUGGUGCUGUUCAACUUAUGAUCAACUAUGGCCUAAAUGCUUUGUUUUUUGGAGUGCCUUGGAUUAUUUUUAAUGAGUAAUCUCAAUUUUGAGGA